UACUUCCCUCUUCGUGAUUUUUUUCUCCUGGUGUGGCUGCGCGUCCUUUUGUUUUAGAAUCACAUUGAGCGCUUAGCCAUCGUUCGGGCUUAAGCCGAUGGCCGAAGAGAUGCCUCGCAUCGCAUCCGUACAAAGACUAUGGAGACUUUCCAGGAGUAUUCCUAGGCUUUGAGUCCCGGGGACAGCACUCACUGCCUGAACUCUGAUAGCUUCUGUCGGAAGAGGAAGCAGCCCUAGAACCCCGGCACCAUGGACGUGCUGGAUGAAACCGAGGCUCUGCAGCAGUUCUUUGAAGCACAGGGAGCCAGCGGCACUCUGGAGAACCCAGCUCUGGAUACGAGUCUGCUCGAAGAAUUUCUGGACAAUGACUUUGAUUUAGGAGCCUUGCAACGGCAGCUCCCUGACACCCCGCCCUACUCUGCAUCCGACCCACGCUCUCCUCCACAGGUCAAAGAUGCAUGCUGCCGGACCCCAAGACCUGCAGGGAGGAUCCCAGCUGCCUUCCUCCACUCCACCACAGCACCAGGGCCGCUGCCCGAGCAUCUGUCCCAGAGCAUGUCGGGCCAAACCCACAGCAGCUUUCAGAACGGCUACCCGGAGUUCAGUCAUCCCGCCCCCUGCUGCCACCAAACCGGGCCCUCCCGACUGGGCAUGAGUUGCUCUUACCAUCAGCAGCCUUUGUGCCACCUUCCUGGAGCCUCGUUACCUCCGACAAAGAAGAGAAAGCACUCGCAGAUACAAGAGGACUCGAGGGACUGCCACACAUGGGCCCACCACUUCAGACCAAUGACAACGAGGACUCAGAGCAUCGAAGUGCAGGACCAUGACAGAGAGGGACAUAGCGGGAUGCCCGUGGACCAGAGCUCUCCUGCUUUGAAGUGGCAGCCGUACCAAAGUGUUCCUUGGCAUAGCUUGUUAAACAGCCAUUACGAGAAACUGCCUGACGUGGGCUAUCAGGUUGUGACAGACAAAGGGUUCACUUUCUCACCAGUAGAUGAAGCUUUUGUUUGUCAAAAGAAGAACCAUUUCCAGAUAACCGUGCACAUUCAAGUCUGGGGAAGUCCGAAGUUUGUUAAGACCCAAAUGGGCCUAAAGCCAAUAGAAAUGUUCUACUUGAAAGCUUUUGGAAUUAAGGUAGAAGCCACCAACCAGGUGAUUGCUAUUGAACAGUCCCAAGCAGACAGAAGCAAAAAGACUUUUGAUCCUGUUAAAAUCGACCUCCUGACUGACCAGGUUACCAAGGUGACCCUGGGACGAUUACACUUCGGUGAAACCACAGCAAACAACAUGAGAAAGAAGGGGAAGCCGAAUCCGGAUCAGAGAUACUUCAUGUUGGUGGUCGGAUUGUAUGCUGCUAACCAAGACCAGUUCUAUCUGUUGGCUGCCCACAUCUCUGAACGGAUCAUUGUAAGGGCCUCUAACCCUGGGCAGUUUGAAAAUGACAGUGACGCACUGUGGCAGCGAGGACAAGUCCCAGAAUCUGUCAUCUAUCAUGGGCGAGUAGGAAUAAACACAGACACACCUGAUGAAGCCCUGGUUGUCUGCGGCAACAUGAAAGUGAUGGGGGCGGUCAUGCACCCCUCCGACAGCCGCGUGAAGGAGAAUGUGCAGGAGGUUGACCCAAACGAACAGCUGAGAAGAAUAGCCCAGAUGAGGAUUGUUCAGUACGACUACAAACCCGAAUUUGCCUCUGCCAUGGGGAUAAACACUGCCCAUCAAACAGGAAUGAUUGCCCAAGAGGUGCAAGAGAUCCUGCCCGGAGCUGUGAAAGAGGUUGGGGGUGUCGCCUCUGGAAAUGGGGAGACACUGGAGAACUUCCUCAUGGUGGAUAAGGACCAGAUCUUCAUGGAGAAUGUGGGGGCCGUGAAGCAGUUGUGUAAACUCACCAACAAUCUGGAAGAAAGGAUAGAGGAGUUAGAAAUUUGGAACAAAAAGCUGGCCAGGCUAAAACGCCUGAGUAGCAGCUGGAAAUCCUCUGUCAGUGAAGGCAGUUCAGUCAGCAAAUUUAGCAGAGCUGUGAGUGCAUCUUCAGCAAGACAGACAGGUUCCAAAAAGCCCACCAAGGUCUGUUUCUCAGGAAGGAAGCAGCAGUCGUGUCCUAACUGGGUUUUCCAGACAUUGGUUAUAGCUCUGAUUGCCGUGAUGACAUUUUGUGCCGUGACAAUAGUCACCCUCUACAUACUUAGCUUAAAGGAUCAACACCGGCGUUCCCACUAUCUUCCUCUAAGCAAUAUGACAAGCUCUCCAAAGCCAGAUCUGUCAUCCACAGCCCCCACCUCAGCUCCCCACACAACCCCGACGACCACACAGACCUUCGUGCAAGUGCCCGAAAUCACUUUCUGCGAGAUCCUGCCGUGUCAGGAAACUUACUGCUGCCCCGUGUGGGGACCGAGAAAAUUAUUUUCAAGUCCUGUACAAAGACAACUUGAGGCAGAGAGAGAGCUGCAUCAGAGACAAUGGGCAGAAGACAAAAGAAAAUGGUUCCUGACAAGAAAUGCGCUAUUCGGCCAGGACUGGGAGAGUGAUUGGAUCGACACAACCAUCGCCUCCAUUCAGAUUAUAGAAAUACAGCAAGUGAUAGACCGUCAGUACUGCAGCCGGAUGCUCCACUGCGGGCCUGGGCAUUAUAAUUAUAAUAUUCCUGUUAAUAAGAACACACCCACCAACGUCAAACUCUCUCUGGAAAUCAAUACAACAGAGCCCUUGAUCGUUUUCCAGUGCAAAUUCACACUGGGGAAUAUAUGUUUCCACAGUCAACACAGGGAAAGAACCUGGAGCCUUGGAGAAGAUACUCAGAUGACACAGGGAUACCAGCACAUCUGGAGCCUCCCUGUGGCCCCGUUCUCCGAUAGCGCGUACCAUUUCCGGGUAGCUGCACCGGAUUUAGCCGACUGUUCGACGGAUCCGUUUUUUGCUGGGAUUUUCUUCACAGAUUACUUCUUUUAUUUCUAUCGACGUUGUAACUAAUUUAUUCAAGUUUGGGGAGGAUGUUACCAAAGAAAAGCACUCAGGGACACAGUUAACAGAAGCUGGUACUUCCGCUCACAACUUUUACUUCUUUGUCAAGCACAUUUUCUGAAGGACUCUUUCAGGUUUGGCUUCCAGCAGUUUCUAAUAAGGAGAAUAAAGUGUUUGCCAGAGACUGAGAAAAUACGGUGUUGGAUUUUUGUCACGACCACGAAGGAAACACUUCUCUGGUGGCUCUGAAGACACAGCUUCUCUUAUGGAAGAAGCUGAGGCGUCAGAAUAAGCCUGUCUCAUCUUACUCUGGCUUAAUGCAUUUCUAGGCUUUAGAGAAGAAAGGCCACACUGGCUUGGACCUACAAAAUACAGAGAAUUUGUGGCAGGGCUGGGGGCAGCGUGGAUCUGAGGAAGAUGGAUGCUGCAUGAUGCUGAGCUUGAAUUUAGGCAAACUGUUGUGUGCAUGCAAGUGCAUUAUGUGUGUGUGUUUACACAUAUACAUAUAUGUAAACAUUAGAGAAUGUGUGUGUAUAUACAUACACACACACACACACACACACACACACAUCUGGCUCAGUAAUGAAACCCUUUGCCACGUUUGAUGCAUACAGAGUUUUCUGUGUGAAGAUGACAGAAGUCUCUAUUUCCAUAGCAUGUGGAUGUCAAGGCUGGUGUCUCCAACAGUCUCCUCGUCCUCUUUCUGCCCACAGUCCCCAGGACUCCACCCAGGGUGGCAUAGCUCCUUGUCUUGGGAAUGAGGAAUGAAAGAAUGAAAGGUCCUUUGGUGGUAACCACCUCCUGAUCAGUUUCUACCGUGCUGCUAGCGUUUAGGAAGUGGAGUACUAAGCCAGGUGCACUGCAGUUCCAUAUCACAGGACCACGGAAUGCCAGGCUUCUGUUUAAGCCUCUCCAGUCAGCGGGUCCCUGAGAAAGGGGCUAUUUGAUUUUUCUGGUAACCGGGAGUAAUAAUACCUCUACUUUUGAGAUACUAUGAAACAUGCGCUAUACAGACAGAUGUUGAUACUGUGAGCUCAGUGAUCUAGCAAAGACUCGAUCACUCAGUGGCAUUUUGAGAUUAACUUCGUAACACAAAAGGAGUUUCCCUUAGUGACUGGUUAGGGACUAAGAAUCUGUGGCUGCCUGGCUCAACCUGGAGUUCGGAUCCUGGCUUUCUCCAUGUCUUCUUAGCCAUGAUUCUUAAGUUCCCUAUGUCAUUUGAACAUCUGGUGAUAUAAGAAAGCCUUGGUUAAGAUGAAGUAGAGGGGCUGGAGAGAUGGCUCAGUGGUUAAAGGACUGACUGCUCUUCCGAAGGUCCUGGGUUCAAAUCCCAGCAACCACAUGGUAGCUCAUAAACAUCUGUAAUAGGAUCUGAUGCCCUCUCCUGGGAUGUCUGAAGACAGCUACAGUGUACUUAGAUAUAAUAACAAGUAAAUCUUAAAAAAACAAAAAGAUGAAGUGGAGACAGCAAAGAUAGGUUCCUAAGUAAGUAUGGGCUAUUCUUAAAGUCCUUGAACACUGUGGACAGAUGACAGUGGGGUUACCAAGGCAACAGGUAACUAAACACACAAAUGAUGAGACAUUUUCAUCAACCAAAACCCGAACUACACACAGAACUCAGGAAUGGGUAUUAUACCAGGCUUAAUUUUCCUUUUUGUAUUUUGGAAUGUGCAUGCCCCUUGUGCGGCAGAGGAGAAGGCAGCUCAUUCUUGGGAGCAACAUCCCAUGGUCCCCAGUUUCCUAUAUUUACACCCAAAGAUGCUUCUCCUCAACUGGGGCAUCAGCUUGCCCCUGCACAACUGGAUGCCAGAGAGCCACCAUUGCCUCAAUAGAUUCAGGUGCUGGCCGUGGGAGACAGACCCACCGAUUUGACUCUCCUUGUAAAGGAUUGCUUGUCUCAGCAUAAAUCCCAUGACUCACUCAGACCUUUGCACAGCAAAGACCUUGGGCAGGUUCCACGUACUGUGGUUCAGUAACGCUGACCCUAAGGCAGUUUCGGUAAGGAGAGUACUGGUUUACAUUAACUUCCAUUUGAAGCUUGAAGCAGUUUUUUCCCCAACAGAGAAUGUACAGGAGAGCAAUAAACGCCCUGGGAAAGGAGUCAACGCAGCCACCGGACUUUUGGUGGCCUCUGGCAUAUUGACAUCGGAUAUUGGGAGGACAGAUGCCCUUGGGAGGUUCUGUGUUUGAAGGGCCUUUCCGCUGAGAGCUCUUCACUGGGGACCAUGCUGACCUCCAGCCAAGCAGCUUUUCCUCACGCCAGAGAAUGAUUGACCUUCCACCUGAACAUUCCCAGCCUCUAGCAAUUAAAACACCCUUAACGGCUUUUUUAAAUCUCAUAACCCCGUGAC